AUGGCCAGUGACAUACAUGAUUAUGUCUCGUCAUGCACUACUUGUCGAGUGUUUCAACCUAAUCAACAAAAAGAGCCGAUAAUUCACCAUGAAAUUCCUUCUCGAUCAUGGCAAAUUAUUGCGUCCGAUUUAUUUGAACUGCAAGGCAGAAACUAUCUGGUAACAGUUGAUUUUUACUCCAAUUUUUGCGAAGCUGACAGACUUCAUACGACCACAUCUGCAGAAGUUAUCAAAGCGUCGAAACAACACAUGGCUAGACACGGCUUACCAGAAAAACUGAUUUCUGACAACGCUCCUCAAUAUAGUAGCGAGGAAUUUAGAAUAUUUGCUGGAGAUUAUGAACUUCAGCAUGUUACAAGCUCUCCUACAUAUAGCCAAAGCAACGGCAAAGCAAAGUCCGCCGUUAAACAAAUGAAGAGCUUGAUGAUAAAAGCUAUUGAAAGUAAGAGUGAUGUAUUUCUUGCGUUGCUCGAUUGGCGUAAUACGCCGAGUGAAGGAAUACCAUGUUCACCAGCACAAAGGUUAUUUGGAAGACGCACAAGAACUCUGCUUUCAACAUCAAAAUCUCUUCUGCGUCCGAAAAUUGUUACGAAUAUCGAACCACAUUUAAAGAAGCGUAAAGACAUUCAAGCUAAAUAUUACAACAGGGGAACGAGGGAGCUGAUGAAAUUGUAUCCGGGUCAGUUGGUCAGAAUGAAGCCGGACCGUAGGAAAAGAUGGCGAAAAGGUAGAAUUGAACGACAUGUUGACAUCAGAUCGUAUCUGAUCCGAACUGAAGAUGGUGGUCUUUAUCGAAGAAAUCGAAGGCAUUUGAGGCAUACAAGAGCACCUGAUGAGUUCCAACCCUUUACAAAGAAAUAUGAUUACGAUUGUAGUAUUUCUGAUCCAUACACAUCUUCCUAUAAUAAUGGCGAUAUGAAAAUACAACAUGACCCAAUUAUUAAUGAUAAUAAUCCCAAUAGCAGUGUUUUAGUUAAUCCUAGUGUAUCUGAUCAAAUAAAAUAUAGAUCAACCCCCCCCCCCCUCUCCGCAGAUCUACACGCACUGUUAAAAGACCUGAUAGAUAUGGGUAUUGAUUAA